AUGGCUACAUCCAAGCGGAAGCGCGGCUCCGGUCCGGGCUCCGGUCCGCGUCUGAACGACCUGCAGCGGCUGGAGAUCAUCCAGCGGCACCGGAGCAUGUCGGCACCCGUGUCGCUGCGGCAGUUAGCGCGGGACUUUGGCGUGGACGAGAAGACGAUCCGCCGCGUGGUGGCGGCGUCGAACGACAUUGAGGCGCGCGCCGCCAGCUCCGCCGUGCUCAGCAACCGCGGGAACGUGCACCGGCGGCCGACACCGCGCUUCCCGCAGCUGGAGAAGGCGCUGGCCGCGUGGAUCGACGCUCGGGAGCGGGCCCGAGUGGACAUUUCCCCCUCAAUAGUCAUCGACAAGGCCAAACUGGUGGCGCGAGAAAUGGGUAUAUCGCCCGAGGACUUCAAGGCCAGUUGGGGCUGGUACGACAAGUUCAGCAAGAGAUAUGGGCUGCACUCGGCCUUUAAGACGGAGGAAAAGGGUACACUUUCUUCUUCUUCUGGCAAUGGACGCGAGACCCAAAGUCUGCAGGAACUGCACCGGAUUAUGGCUACAUACGACCCGGAAUGGGUCUUCUGCGUUGAAGAGAGCUCGCUGUUUUACGAUUCACUGCCGUUUGCAGUGUCUGGAGGUGGGGGAGGGGGGAAUGGGAGGAAAAGAGUCACAAUGGUGCUGAGCUGCAACUCGACGGGACGCGUGACGUUGCCCAUUUGCAUGGUCGGGAGGGAAAAGUGGCCGACUGAAGCUCGCGCGAGCUUCCCAGUGAAGUAUUUGAUGCAGGACAGGGCGUGGCUGGAUCGACCGACGUUCGGGGGCUGGUACAGUUCCGUGUUUGUCCCCUUCGUUCGAGAGCGAACGAGUAAACCGGUGCUGCUGGUUGUGGAUGGAGAACGCCCGGGCCAUCAAGGGGAUUUUGAGGACCACGGCAUUCGACUGGUGUUCCUGCCUCCACCGGUCAAGUCGGCGCAAGUGAUAGCUGCUGGGUCGGAGAAUGUUCAGUUGUCGAAUGUGGACGUCAAGACGUGGUGGAGUCGACCGCUGCAGAUGGGCGUGGUGGCGGCACUCAAGGCCGAGUACAAGUAUCUACUGGUGCAGAGCGCGCUGUCGUAUCUUAACGCCCCACAGGAGGUGAAGGAAGCGCUCAAAGCUGCCGAGGAGAAGGGUGAUGGGAAUACCAGUGGGGCCCAUUUCGGACACGCGCCGACGUUGUUGGAUGCGGCACGGUUGCUUGCGCAGGCCUGGAGCCAAGUACCCGCAGAUUUGUUGGAGAAUUGUUUCGCCCGUGCCAACUUGGUGCCGCCUUCGAAGCUACUGGCAGCUCCAAUGCCUCCUGGGGCCUCACAACUUGAGUUAGUGAGACUGCACAGUGACAGCGUUGCAACCAAGAUCGAAGAGAUGUUGGUCUCGAGCUGUUUGCCAGCUCAGGCCUGGACUGGGAUUGGUGGACAAACCCAGGCUACGAACGUGAAAGAUCGAGUUGGCGUGUUCUUGCUCCUCGACGGAGACAACUCGGCCGUACUCCAGCAACAGAUUCAAGCAGAGAUCAGCGAAGCUCUAACUGGUUCAGUACAUUGCCUCGCAGUUGCGCCUACUACCACGAACAGGAGCUGA